CACAUAACCCACUUUGGUGAUUAUUUUCUUUUGUGUUUUUGGUAUGUUUGUGUUGUAUUUUAUUACAUUUUUUGUGAGAAAAAGUCGCAGACAGGUUGAGUAACCUUUGUAAUAAUGUCUUAGAUAUAUAGGUGUAUUGUGUGUUGCGAGGAAUAGCAUAAAUUAAUGGAGUUGAAGGUCUGGGUCGAGGGGAUACAAAGGAUUGUUUGUGGGGUCACCGAGACCACAACUUGUCAGGAUGUAGUGUUUGCGUUGGCUCACGCCACUGGCAAAGUGGGCAGGUUCACCCUCAUUGAGAGAUGGAGGAAUAAUGAACGGCUAUUGGCUCCCCAAGAAUAUCCUCUGAAGAUUCUCAUGAAAUGGGGUGAAUAUUCUAAUGAUAUACAGUUUAUUCUGAGACGUUCUGAUUCUAGUAAUAAUCAGAAACCACAAUCUUCUAAUAACUCAAGAUCACCAGUUGGGAAUGGCAACCAUAAUGUUUCUAAUCCCAAUAUAUUGGACAGCCAGAGUUCACCAAAUAGGCUUAACGCAACACCAACAUAUAGCAAUAGUAACGUAAAUAACUCAUCGCCUGGGAAUCCGGUUGGAGUAGUCAAGGGCGUGCAACAAGCUAAAACACCAGAGUCCAAUAGUCCUGUAUUAAAAGAUGUGCCACCUUAUAGAGAGCCGCCACCUCCAUACCGAUCACCACCGCCGCCGUCUCAAGCCAUACGCAAAUCGCCGACGCGCGGGCGCGGCAAUCGCUCGGCUCACAUGUCUCCAGUGAACUUGCCCGAAGAGCCGGAUCCCAGGAACCCGGAGGCCGUCAGUUACAACAGCCAGUAUAGGGAACUUGUGUCGCUGGUGAACUAUCAGCGAGAGAAACUGUCCAGUCAGCAGGUUGAUCUUAUUAAGUAUGAUGCAGAGAUUGGAUACUGGGAAAACAAGGGGCGGGAACAAGAAAGGCAAGUGGAACUUCUGCAACAACAGAUCAGCUCAGCUGAUAAUCAACUACGCAUUAGCACUGAGCAGGUUCAAGCACUGACUUAUGUUGAAGAGGAAAGUGAGAUUGUGAAACAGAAUGAGAAGACCCUAAAGUCUGAAAUAGUCCUGGUGAGAUCUAAGUUAGCCAACUGUGAAACAGAACUGCUACAGUGUAAGAAUAAGAUUAGAAAGUUGAUGGAGGAAAUUCAUAAUGAACAAAGAAUAAUAAAUAGUCGUCAGCAAGAAAAUAGACAAGCAUUGGAGAGAUCAAUGCUCGCCGAAAUGGAGAAUCUGCAGAGUCAGAUCCAACAAGCGAAGCAUGCCACCGAAAUUAACCACCUUACUGCCGAAAACCUCAAGCGAGAGGUUGGUGUCUUAGAAGAUGCCAUAAUGGAAAAGAAGCGGCAAGUGGAAAGACUGGUUCAAGAGAUGAAAGAAGCCAAUCUUCAGAGCUUGACUGGUAGUGUCGACGAGCUUCGGCAUCCACUUGAUGGGCUGUGCAAAGCUGGUAGUGCCCGGCGAAUAAUAGGCUCGCCUAGACAACUGGAGAACGCAGCACCAACAAACAAGAAUCCACAUGGAGUGUGGGUAUAAAUACAAGCCAGGACCGUGUCGAGGUCACAAUCCUUUCAUUUGCCAGCAGAUCUUAAUAAUUUACUCGUGAAGUUCCCCCUAUUUACUUGCUAGAUCUGAUUUACAUUUAAUGCAUUUUAAUAUUUGGAUCUCUAUGGAAUAGUUGGUCUAAUGUAAUUCACAAAUAUAAAUAAGGGGCGUGCACAUAGGCAACUUUAA